GUUCGCCCAAGCGCGCUUCGAGAAGUAGCCGUAGAGGUACCGCGUGUGCUGUGGACUGACAUUGGGGGUCAAGAAGACGUUAAACAACGUCUGCGCGAAGCUGUGAGCUGGCCGUUGCUGCAUCCUGAGGCGUUUGUGCGAAUGAACAUACGGCCUCCCAAGGGUGUGUUGUUGUACGGACCCCCUGGAACGAGUAAGACUAUGAUGGCUAAGGCACUCGCGACAGAGAGUGGGCUGAACUUUAUUCCGGUCAAGGUA